GAAAGUGUCGAAAGUUAAAGAUUCUGAAAAGUUCGUGAGGAAGAUGCUGUGUCGCGAUGGAACUCUCAGUUUAAUCUGCUUUAUUGCAGCAAGUUUAAUCUCCUUUUCCCCUGAAUUACAGUUCAGGUUAGGAUUUAAUAUUUAUGCCACAUAUUUUAAAAAUAUUUGGUUUUUACAUGCGGUACAGUACAUUCUUAUAAAUGUAUCUGCAUUGCUGGCAUUUCGCGGUUUUGCUUAUCAAAUUGCAAUCAGAGCAUUGUUUCUUGGAUAUGUCUUUGGAAUUGGCAUUUUAUUAUCAAUCAAUGCUCCGUCAUCAUGGCAGGUGUUUGGCAUUUAUACAACAGUAUUAGCGAGUUUUCAUUAUACAGAAUUUUUAGCUAUUGCCUGGUCAAAUCCAGCUGCAUUGUCAAUCGACAGUUUUAUUCUUAAUCAUAGUGUAGCAUAUGGGAUAGCAGCAUGUCUCAGUUGGAUAGAGUUUAUCAUAGAAAGGCAUUACUUCAAUGUAAUGAAAAGACCUUCCCUUGUGUCUUAUUUUGGGCUAUUAUUAUGCAUUUGUGGUGAAAUUUUAAGAAAACUAGCAAUGUGUACUGCAAAACACAAUUUUAACCAUGUUGUGCAGAAUGAGAAAAGUGACAAUCAUGAGCUUGUUACACAUGGUGUAUAUAAUGUUUGUAGACAUCCUAGUUAUGUAGGAUGGUUUUAUUGGUCCAUAGGAACACAGUUAAUACUUCAAAAUCCACUAUGCCUCUUUGCAUACGCACUGAUGUCAUGGAGUUUCUUCCAUGACCGUGUUCUGAUUGAAGAAAUAACUUUAUUAAAUUUCUUCGGUGAAGACUAUGUUCAAUAUCAAGAAAGAGUAGGUACUGGGCUUCCAUUUAUUUCUGGAUAUAAGAUUAAUUCAUAG